GCUGGCGGCGGCGAUGGCGGACGGGGCGGGUAGCAACGGGGACGCCGCGGGGCUGCCGGUGGGCAAGGAGGCAGUGGACCGUCUGAUCCGGGAGAACGGGCACAUCUUCACCGAGGCCCAGUGCAAGGUGUGCAGCGCGCUGCUCAUCUCCGAGUCCCAGAGGCUGGCCCACUACCAGAGCAAGAAGCACGCCAAUAAGGUGAGGAGGUACCUGUCCAUCCACGGCGCAGAGGAGCUCUCCCACGGGAAGAAGAUGAAGCUGGAUGCCAAGCAGGACAGCAAGCAGGAAGGCAGCAGCGGGGAAGACAGGAACAAGUGUUGUCCCAUUUGCAACAUGACCUUCUCCUCUCCAGCCGUGGCAACCUCUCACUACUUGGGCAAGACACAUGCCAAGAACAUGAAGCAGCAGUCCCCCAAAGUGGAAGAAGCAGUGCCCCCUCAGAAACAUCCUGCUACCCUCCCCGCCUCUACCGUGUCUUCUAAUGAAGAGAACAAGGACAUUACUGACCCAGACAAGUUCUGUAGCCUCUGCCAUGCCACUUUCAACAACCCCCUUAUGGCAAAACAGCACUACGUAGGCAAGAAGCACAGAAAGCAGGAGACCAAACACAAGCUGAUGGCACACUAUGGCCGAACCCCUGAUGCACCAGCGUCGUCCUUCAUGGCUGGGAAGGGGUACCCCUGCAGCACAUGUAACAUAGUACUGAACUCCAUAGAGCAGUACCAAGCUCACAUCAGUGGCUUCAAACACAAGAAUCACAUGCCAGGAGCAGUGCCGGUUAUCGGACCAUUCCAGCCACAGCAGUAUGUCCGGGAAGAGUCAACUGCCCCAGGAGGCUACAGUUAUUUCAGCCAAGACUUCUAGAGCAAGUUGCAGCACUGUUCUUGGAGUUGUUGGUGGCCCAAGAACGCACAUCCUUUGCCAGCCCACAAUGGUUUCAUUAUCCCUCUGGAUAAGCAAAGCUCUACCCUCCUGUAUGCACCCAUUGAGCAGAACGGGGACUGAAUCUGUCAGGAAAAGGAUCCAGCUGGAAAAGUCUUGAUAGACAUCAAAUACUUCACUCCCAUAGAGUAGUUUUCAUUGUGUAAUUGCUUCCUGUGAAGGUGGGUGCAGUGUGAGAGGAAGUGUGUAUCUGGUGUGAGGAGGAUUUGGUAACAAGCUAGUAGUGGCCACCUCCUCCCUUACCAGAGCAAGGAAUGGAUUCCUGCACCUGGAGGGGCAGCAUCCUGUGCUCAGAGAUGGCUUUUGCUGGAGAAGAACUCCUAGAAUGUAGCAAGCAGUGCUUAUGCAGCAUGGAUGGGACAUGGUGCAGGUAGCCUAGCUUUUUACAACCAUAAGAUAGGAAAUAACUAGUGUGGAAUCUCUUUCCAUGCCUCCUCCAUUCAGGUUUGUGUGCAGAAUUUGACAAGCCACUGCUUCAUCUCAAAGCAUUUCAUAGUACUGCAGCCACUGGUUAUGGAGCUGGGUUGUUUGGGUCUGUCUCACAAGUAGUUCCAACUUCUGGUGUGCAAAUUGCUGCUGGUAGGAGUGGAGGGCUGUGAGAGGCUUAGAGCUCCUGGCUGUCCUCAGCCCUCUGCUCUGAUGAUUUCCCUGUGGAAGGAAGUAACUGUUUAGCCUGGUUUCCUAUGGAAACAGGUGUACAUGAUCAUUCACCAUGUGUGUCUUUACCCCCUGUGACUUAAACCAGUCUCAUCCAAAGUUGGCAGCAGUGGAGAUCUCCAAGAUCUGAAUGCAAUCAACAGAGGAAGGUAGAGCAAAGUGAGUUAAUCUCUAAUUCUGUCAGGUUCUGAGUUCAGUGUUUUCCUUACUGUCACCAAAAUGCUCUGGGGAAGGAGGGUUUUAAGAGAGAAGAGAGAAUAAAUCUAGAUGCAGCAGAGAACUGUAGUAUAACUUGGUCAAAUUGUUAGCUGACUGCAAAGCUACUAGUGGUUUGGAAACCUGCCUUUAUUAGUCCUUCAUUAGACAGUACUUGCCCAACCCCUUUCUUCAAAGUUCUUACACAUUUGUACCAUCCUGGAAAAGGCAUGUUCUGUGUUUCGAACCCAGAAAUUAAGACAGAUGGUCUCUUCAUGGUGCUAACGUACUAGAUCUGUUUGAAAAUGCCCUGGAAGGAAGGGCAGGCAUCUGAGACUGUGGUACAUUUUGGAGUUCUGUAGAUGUUUUGCCUUAUGCUAAGGCAAUGCCUGUUCUCUGCUAUCCCACCACAACAGCCGUGUACAUUGGGCUGGCCUCACAUUCAGCACCAGUGCUCUGAGUUGAGCACCUCACCGCUUUGUCCCAGCAUCAGUGCCUCUGUGGAGCUGAGGCUUUGCUAGUCCAUGGUAAACGUCCUGCUGUUUUUCUCCCACAGGGAAGAAGGGUGUGGAUGUAGCCCAUCCAAGGACAUCCCUGCCUGGUGGGGCUCCAUGGGGCUGGCAGGGGCAUGGGUGAUAGUUGUAGGCACAACAUAUGCCAGGGUGGGCUGAGCCAAGCUGCUGCCUCCUGUUGCAUGGCCCCAGCAGCUGCCCUUGGCUCCCAGUGUUGUGUGCCAGGGGAGCAGCUGACGCCUUCGUGGCACUUAGAAAAUCUGGUCGGCAUACUGGUCAGGUUAAAUGAGGAGAGAGAGAGAGCUGUUUGCUAAUCUCAGAGCUUGGAGUGAGCACCUUCCUUUUCCCACUCCAGGCCGUGCAUGAGCUUUGUUUUUCUUACCCCUGCACAGAAUCUGCCAUCUUCCCUUAGGACAGGCUCCUGCUGGUCUGGGUUUGCCUUCCUAAUGUUUUCCAGUGUUGCUCCACUGCUGAGGUCUGACCUUAGUCUCCAGCUACAGAGGGAGUCCUUUUAAACCUUGUGAGCUGAUCAAUGAGCAGAAAAUUGCGAUGAACUGAAGGAAGCAUUGUGCGCCUGGUAGCCCUGGAUGGCCUCCAACUCCGAUCUCUGCUGCUUAGCUCUUGUCCUGCUGUACCAGGGCAGGUGCCCGCUAGAUGUGCAAUGCAUCGACACCAAGAGGGAUCCAUUUACAGCACUGCCCAGUCUGGUGUGUCACUCUGUCUGUGUACUGACAGUUUUGCCUUCCCCUGUACACAGUGUUUAUGUAUCUGCUGUUUCCCUAAGGUGAAGCUCUCCAAAUAGAGUGUUUAUUACUA